GCCCUUGGGCAGCUUUCUGGGUGGGAAGCGCGAUUUUGGCGGGCGGUUGUGACGUUGCUGGCGCUUGCCCGGUGGCUGCUGCGCCGCUGCAACGAAUAGGGCUUCUGGCUGCGUAAGAGGGACCCGGGCGCGGAGCUCUGGGAAACUGCGCCAGGCGCCGGGAAGCUGAACCCGGGAGUCGCGCGUCGCCCCCGCAGCAGCGCCAAAGCGGAAGUUCUGCAGCAGCCGGAGCCCGAGUUCCUCCCGGAGCCGCGUCCCGGGGCCGGGCUGCCCCGAGCUGAGCGGAGCAUCCUCUCCGGAUGAGGGGAGGAGGGGACUUGGCGCGCUCCCCUCGCUGCACCAGGAGCCGCAGCCGCAGGGUUCACGCCCCGGAGCAGCGCGGCUCCUCCGACGAAAGCCUGCAAUCGUUUGCUUGCCGGACGUUUGCCGUAAACAUGGACAAAGACGCCGCCCUCCGGGGCGUUCCUGUUUGCCUGACCCUGAGAGCGCCUUUUUGCUUCGAGGCGGGUUGGAUGCCCCUGUUCUCCGAAUUCUGAUACGCUUCUGGGCGCGAUAUUGAAACACAAAACUGUGCUUUUGCUCUGUCUGUGGUUGGCCGAAAAUAGGACUGUUUUUCGCGCAGGUGUCGUCGUUCAGUCGACUUUAUUAAGAUACUAAAAUGGCUCUACCCAAAGGCGCCGUCCCCUCGCGGUCCGAGUGCCAGUGCGGGAUCUGCAUGGACAUCCUCGUGGAGCCCGUGACCCUGCCGUGCGGCCACACGCUGUGCAGACCGUGCUUCCAGGCGACCGUGGAGAAGGCGAGUCUCUGCUGCCCCUUCUGUCGCCGCCGCGUGUCUUCGUGGACUCGGUACCACACCCGAAGGAAUUCUCUCGUCAACGUGGACCUGUGGAAGGUCAUUCAGAAGCACUAUCCCCGGGAGUGCAAGCUCAGAGCGUCGGGGCAGGAGGCCGAGGAAGUGGCUGAUGACUGUCAGCCAGUUCGUCUGUUAAGUAAACCUGGGGAAUUGAGAAGAGAAUAUGAAGAGGAAAUAAGUAAGGUGGAGGCAGAGCGGCGGGCCAGCGAGGAAGAAGAGAACAGAGCCAGUGAAGAGUACAUACACAGAUUGUUGGCAGAGGAGGAAGAGGAGGAAAAAAGACAGGCGGAAAAAAGGCGAAGAGCGAUGGAAGAACAACUGAGAAGUGAUGAAGAACUGGCAAGAAAGCUAAGCAUUGAUAUUAACAAUUUCUGUGAGGGAAGUAUCUCGGCUUCUCCCUUGAAUUCCAGAAAAUCUGAUCCAGUUACACCCAAGUCUGAAAAGAAAAGUAAGAACAAACAAAGAAACACUGGAAAUAUUCAGAAGUAUUUGGCACCUAAAUCUCCGUUUGGGUCAGCCUCACACUCUGAAGCUGUACAAGAAGUCAGGAAAAACUCCGUAUCUAAGGACAUUGACAGUAGUGAUAUGAAAAGCCCAACAGGGCAAGACACAGAAAUGGAAGAUAUGCCGACACUUUCUCCACAGAUACCCCUUGGAACUGGAGAACAAGGUGCAGAUUCUUCAGCAGAGUCCCCUAUGCCAUGGUUAUAUUCCUGUGGUGCCGAAUGGUACCACGAAGGAAACGUCAAAACAAGAGCAGGCAAUCAUGAUAAAGAGUUCUGUGUCUUAAGUCACGAGGGACCUAAAACCAGAGUUCCCGACCCUAAAGAAGCUGCAGUCACGCCUUGUGGCAGAACGGAGAGUGGGUGUGCCCCCCCAUCAGGGGUGACCCAGACAAAUGGAGACAACACAGGUGAGGCAGAAAACGAAGAGCUGGGCCUACUGAUCAGUAAGGAUAUUUCCAAAAGAAAAAACCAAGAAUCUUCCUUUGAAGCAGUCGAGGAUCCGUACUUUCCUGCAAAAAGAAGAAAAACGUCUCCCGAAUGUUCCCCAGAUCAAGAGGAAACAGAAAUAAACUUUACCCAGAAACUGAUAGAUCUGGAGCAUCUGCUGUUUGAGAGACAUAAACAAGAAGAACAGGACAGGUUGUUGGCGUUACAACUUCAGAAGGAGGUGGAUAAAGAGCAGAUGGUGCCAAACCGACAGAAAGGAUCCCCAGAUGGGUAUCACCUCCGCGCUCCGUCCUCCCCUCCAGACAGAGUGCCAAAUGGACAGAGGAAGAAUCCCAAAGACAGGAACUCCAAAAGGCAAACUCAUACAGAGCAUCCAAAACCGCAGAGAGGCUCCAGGGACGAAAACAGGCACCUGUCUUUAAAGAUGCAGUUGAAGCAUUCAGUGAAUGGAAGAAAGAUGCCAAAUUCUUCUAGAGAUCAGUGUAAUGUAUCCAAAAGUGCUCAUUCCCUACAGCCUAGCAUUUCACAGAAAAGUAUUUUUCAGAUGUUUCAGAGGUCCACAAAGUAAUGCCUGGUAAAGGGAGUGCUUUGUGAUCUAGUAAAGCUGGAGUGUGAAGCUCUUUUCUAUCAUGGAAUCUUUAUCCACAUGUUACUCAUGCUGCUCUCGGGGCACACGCAUUGUCCUUAAUAAAGGUCUGUGUGGUGGUGA